AUGAAUGGUCACCUUGUGGAUUGUGCCUUUACUUUGACAUUCAACCCGAAAUAUGAUCAGCUACUAUUGGUAGUUAAAGAUGCAACCAACACAGGUGUAUGUGCUGCAGAUACAGGAAGUCAUGGUGUGCGUGCUGCAGGUAUUGAUGCGAGGCUGUGUGAUGUUGGUGAGCAGAUACAGGAAGUCAUGGAAUCAUAUGAGGUGGAGCUUGAUGGUAAAACUUACCAAGUUAAGCCAAUUAGAAACUUGAAUGGUCACUCUAUUGGUCAGUACAGAAUACAUGGUGAAAAAACUGUGCCAAUUAUCAAAGGGGGUGAAGCAACCAGGAUGGAGGAAGGUGAAGUCUAUGCUAUUGAAAGCUUUGGCAGUACUGGCAAAGGCCAUGUAAAUGAUGAUAUGGAAGUCUCUCAUUACAUGAAAAACUUUGAAGUUGGUCAUGUUCCGCUUGCCAAGUCUAAAUAGGUGUUGAAUGUCAUCAACCAGAACUUUGGGACCCUGGCUUUCUGUCGUCGCUGGCUGGAUAGGCUGGGCCACAGCAAAUAUUUAAUGGCCCUGAAAAACUUGUGUGAUGCUGGAAUUGUGGAUCCUUACCCUCCUCUCUGUGAUCAAAAAGGCUCAUAUACCGCUCAGUUUGAGCACACUAUCAUUUUGAGACCCACCUGCAAGGAGGUGGUAUCAAGAGGCGAAGACUAUUAAAAAGCUGUACUGGAAAACUACAGAAAGAAUUGUCAGUUUUACAUUGUCCUUUCUUUAUAUAAGUCAGUCAAAUAGAUAUUUAAAGGAUGUAAAAUAGUUAAGUAAAACGGUGAAGAACUGAAGGUUUCAUAUUUUUUCAUUAUCAUUUUAAAAGUUGCUUUGUUUAAGUUAAACAUCCAAUAAUUUUGAUAACAUAGUCUUUGCAGAACGAGAAAGAAAUUUUGAGUUAAAGCCUAUCAGAUUUUUUUAAAAAGAGUCAUGCUGUAAGAUAUACCUGGAAGAAAAACUGAUGCUUCAUUCAAAUAAUUUCCAGGCUUUAAUUACAAAUAAAUUGUUUUUUUACCUAAUUUAUACUAAAUGUUUAAAAGGCAAUUUUACA